AUACUGUAACAAAUAUAUUUCGUGUAUUUAAUUGAGUGCAGUGGAAAACUUGUUCUAAUAAUUUAAUAAUAAUAAAAUUCAAAAUUUUAAUAAAGUAGAAAAAAUUUAAUUAUAUUGAAAAAGUAUAAAUCAUUUAACCUCGUCGCGAAUUUUUCUUACAUUUCCCAUUAUGGAUUUCUAUUUUCUGAUUUUCUCCACAAUCUUCACACUUUUGCUGAGUUAUCUGCGCUACAAGUAUCAAUAUUGGGAACUGCGUGGCGUGCCGCAAUUAAAAAUGAAUUUUCUAUUGGGAAAUUUAUCGCGUCUACGCACAAUACAUAAAUCCGAACUGUUACGCGAUGCAUAUCGGGAAUUCCACGGUAAAGCGAAAUUGGUCGGCACUUAUAUCUUCACCAAACCCAUAGCCAUUGUGCUUGAUUUGGAUGUAAUAAAGGCGAUACUAAUAAAAGAUUUUAAUAAAUUCACCGAUCGCUUUCAACAUCGUGCCAGUGGUAGCAGUGUGAUCAAGCAUCAUCUCUUUCGCUUACAUGGUGAAAAAUGGCGACCCUUACGUACGAAACUCACACCCACAUUCACAUCGGCGAAAAUGAAAUUUAUGUUUCCCACACUGAUUACAGUGGCAGGGCAAUUGGAGACAGCUUUCAGCACACAAUUGGCAAAAUCACCCAACGGCGACAUUGAACUGCACGAUUUUAUGGGUCGCUUCACUACGGAUGUGAUCGGUCAUUGUGCCUUUGGUGUGGAGUGCAAUAGCUUGAAGGAUCCUAAUGUGGCCUUCCGUCGUAUUGGACAUAGUAUUUUCUAUCCACGCUACCUCUCUAUACGGCUUCGCACUUUCAUGCUCACAUAUCCUGUGAUUAUGAAAUUUCUUAGCUUCUUCAAUAUCAGAGAACAUUCUGCUGAAAUUGAGGAUUUCGUUUUGAGUUUAGUGCGCGACACAGUUCGCUUGCGUGAAGAGCAGAAUUUACAGCGCAAUGAUUUCUUAAAUAUGUUGAUUGAAAUGAGAAAUACGAAAGAUGCUCAGGGUGCACCGGGUAUGAGUAUUAAAGAGAUGGCGGCGCAGGUUUAUAUAUUUUUCGCUGCUGGUUUUGAAACCAGCUCGAGUAAUAUGAGUUAUGGACUCUUCGAAAUGGCAAAGAAUCCACACGUGCAAGAGAAAGUAAGAGCAGAAAUCUUAAGUGUAUUGGAGAAACAUAAUGGCGAGCUAACGUACGAAGCGAUGAUGGAGAUGACCUACUUGGAUCAAGUAAUAACAGAAACUCUCCGCAAACAUCCAGCGCUCGCUGCACUCAAUCGUUGCGCAAAUGAAGAUUUUAAAGUACCCGGCACAGAUAUUACACUAGAAAAGGGCACAAAUAUUUAUAUACCAGUUAAGGAGAUACACUAUGAUCCGGAUAUCUAUGAUAAUCCCAGUGAAUUUCGGCCGGAACGGUUCAAUCCUGAGGAAGCGCAAAAACGUCACCCGCAAGCGUUUCUCGGUUUCGGCGAUGGACCUCGCAAUUGUAUUGGCUUACGCUUUGGUCGCAUGCAAGUGCGUGUUGGUUUGAUAACUAUGUUGAAAUCUUAUCGGUUUAGCUUGUCGGAGAAGACGCCGACAGAGUUAGAGAUAUCUAGAAAUAGUAUUGUGCUGGUACCGCGCAGUAGUGUUUGGCUGAGAGCAGAGAAGUUGUAAAGAUUAGAGAUGCACUAUCAAAGAUAAGCUGUGAGUCAAGUGUGCCGUUAGUAUUU